GUGCGUACUGCAGCGUCUUGGUGACCAGAGUUCUCAGAGGAUAAAAACCCCGGUGCGCUGUGGCUGCUGCAGGUAUCUCACUACUCGACUGUAAACGGUCAAUUGAAAGGAUGGCAAACAGUAGCAGAACCCACGCCGACGUUUCGGACGUUUACAGGGGGACAUUUGUCCACUCGACCCCGCAAACAGCGCUGCAGGUCCUGGAAGAUGCGCUCCUCGGAGUGGAUACUGAUGGAAAGAUUGCUUUCAUCGGUAAAGGCUCAGAAGUAGACACACUGUCUCAGACGUUUGGUUUCAGUGCGACUAACAUCACCCAGCUGGCACCCCAUGAGUUCUUCAUGCCAGGACUUGUGGACACUCACAUCCAUGCAUCACAGUACAGCUAUGCUGGCACAGCCCUGGACAUGCCCUUACUGCAGUGGCUCAAUACCUAUACAUUCCCUGUGGAGUCACGCUUCAAGGACCUUGAGUUUGCCAACAAAGUCUACACCCAAGUGGUGAGACGGACUCUGAGAAAUGGAACAACCACUGCAUGUUACCACGCUACCAUACAUACAGAAGCUUCUCUACUGUUAGGACAGAUCGCAAAUGACUUUGGACAGCGUGCCUUGGUGGGUAAGGUGUGCAUGGACAGAAACAAUUCUGUGAAACAUUACAAGGAAACCAGUCAGGAGUCUCAAGAAGAAACCUGCAGGUUCAUUGCAGAGCUCUUAAACAAAAAGUACCCACGGGUAAAGCCGGUAGUGACUCCACGCUUCGCUCCAUCCUGCACAGGAGCCUUACUAGGACAGCUGGGAGCGAUCGCUAAGAAUAACAACCUGCACAUUCAGAGUCAUAUCAGCGAAAACGUUGAGGAGGUGAAGCUUGUAAAGGAUAUGUUUCCUGAAUCAGAGUCUUACACACACAUCUACCACAAAUACAACCUGCUCACUGACAAGACAGUGAUGGCCCAUGGCUGCUACCUCUCCGAUGAAGAGUUGAAUCUGUUCAGAGAGACAGGAGCCUCUUUGUCUCAUUGUCCCAACUCCAACAUUUCGUUGUGCAGUGGUAUUUUAAACGUCCGCAAUGUCCUGAAACAUAAAGUGAAGCUGGGGCUCGGAACAGAUGUUGCAGGGGGUUACUCUGCCUCCAUGCUGGACGCUGUGAGGAGAGCUCUCGACUCGUCCAAAGUGUUGACCAUCCAGGACCCGGAACACGAAACACUCACCUUUGAAGAGGUGUUCAGACUGGCAACACUGGGAGGCAGCCAAGCCUUGUCCAUGGACGACCAAACAGGGAACUUUGAACUGGGCAAAGACUUUGACGCUCUGAGGGUGAAUGUAGCUGCUCCUGGUGGACCCAUAGACCUGACCCAGUCUGACGCACCAAAGAUCCUUUUGGAGAAGUUCUUGAAUUUGGGUGAUGAUCGAAACAUAGUGGAGGUGUUUGUCGCAGGCAGGAAGGUGGUUCCUUUCACAGACAAAAAUGAGUAAACACUUGGAUCAUCUGCUCACCUUCACGCGUCUCACUGCCUAAAACCCACCAGGAAACUUAUCUUGAAGAGGACUGAACAACUCAAACACAUCAGUGAUAAUAUUUGAGCAGCACAGGAAUAAUGUGUUGCAAACGACCCCAUGCUUCAUACAUUUUGCUGCUACACACUUCCCUUUAGACAUUAUCACAUUAAACAUUAUACUGUUAAAUCCUGAAGAUUUUUUAAAUUAGGUUCAGUGAGGGUCAUGAAAGACUUUGGUCAGCUGUGUUAAAAUUCUGUCUUCUCCAAGUCUUAAUGGCUGAUUACAGGAUUUACCACAGGAAAUAAGGGACUUAUCAAGAGCUGUGAACCUUUCCCGUUACCUGUUAGUCACUGCAGCUAGUUGGCUUGUUGCUAAUUCUAUAUUUUAACUGAACUAUCUGAAAAAAAGUGAUCUUUUGCUUAUUUGUUGUAGACUUUGUAGUUUUAUUUACGUAAAUCUUUCACUUAAACUAGCACAUUUAAAAGAACAAGUGGACUCCAGAGUGUGUGACUUAUUUUCUAUUUGAUGUGGAGAUGACAUUGUGCUGCCUUAAGAAAUCAAAACACGGUCCGAGAAGUUCAGUCGGAAUGUCAGACUUUGUCCUGGUGUUGUAAAGGUGCUCCGUGUAGCUGCAGAGCCUCGCCUUAGUUAGUAAUCUUUAAGACAUGCUUUUGUUGCUGAGAUUGUUUUAUGAACAAAAGACUUCAGUUCUACUUACUCAUCCAGUUUUAAUAGUACACUCCUAUCUUGUGUUUGAAAAGACAAAGGCACAUGAUCAUAUUCUAAUCUCUUUGGUUUCACUUUAACACAUUCAGUUUCUCAUGAAAUGAAAAUCAUGUUGCAGCAGUAUAUCUACAGCUAUUGUCUUAAGAAGUUACUAUUAAAAACAAAUUUAAACUUACUUUGGAUUUUACAUUUUUACUUCAAAUCCCACUCUGAUUUGACUAAGUGGAAAGUCAAAUUUUACUUAACCUGGUGCCUUAAGAUCAAAAUCAUUUCACUUUCUUACGACUGCUUUAUGGCUGAGAUUGUUUUUCUUUUUAGCUCAAUGUAGAUUUUCCUCAAUCCCACAAUGUAUUUUUAAUGAUGUAAAUGUAAAUCAAUACAAUGUGUCUUAUGAUUAUUUGCUAGAUGAAGGGGAAUUAAAUGCACUGAUUGCUGAAUAUGUGUUUGUCUUUUAUAAAUUAAAAUGUAUUCAAACAUAAUCACUCUUUGACUCUGGAUUUUAAAUGUAAAAAUCUGAAUGCCAAAUCUAUUCUUUUGGUUUAUUUAAUGCUAUUCUCUCUAAUGUGCAGUUACUCAAGGGCAGCUUCUCGUCGCAAACCAUAUUUCAAGAUUUACAAAUGUGUGAAUUCACAAAAUGUGUAACUGACACUUCCAGCACGCUCACAGUUUCUUUAAUCGACUAUCUUCACCAUCUGGUCCAGACAGCAGAGAGGGUUAUAUAGCAGUAGCAUAUAAGUGAGACAUGAAGAUGGUGUCUGACCCUACUGACAGUAAGGACUCUUCUCAAAAAACACACCAUCAGUGAUCGCUGCCACAGUCAUUAGAGGGCGACACUGUGCUUGAAACCGCCAGUUAUCACAUAUCUGCACUCAUUAAAGUCCUCACAACAGACACAAAAAUCGAAUACAUAAUAUUUACAAAACUUGUCAAAUGCUGAUAGUUAAGAUUGUGUCUCAUCGUGUGGUAGUUUAUUGAUUCAGUUCAUGUUUGAAAAAGGAAGCCCAUGUACAACUUUUUAGAAUAAGCAAAGCAAAUGAAGUCACACAUGAGAGACACUGAUUUUAGAUUCAAUAAAAAAAAAGAAGGAGGGGAUUACUAGCUCGAUUUAGAGUUAAAAAUCUAAGAUCCCCUCAAAAUGAUAUUAAUGUGAGUAAAUACAGUAGUUAUCAAAUCCCAAAAAUUUAAGUACAGUUUGUUUCUCCCUCCUACCUGUUUUUAUUUUUAUUUUCAUGUAAAAUAAUGUGUUCGGUGUUUUUCACCUGUAUAAAAAAUGCAUACUUUUUACUUUGUUGUAUUUCCCUGUGUGUAUCUGUUGAGCCAAUUGUUGCAGAAUAUGGUAAACAAUACAAAGGCCUAUAUGGAGCUUUUUAUAGCUUUUAAAGCUGAUGGUGGUAGUAAUCUAUGUCAACAAGACUACUAUUUCAUUUAGUUUCAUUUUAAGUGUUACAACCUAGAGAUAUUUAAAUUUAAGAUCAUCUUAAAUUGAAAUAAGAUUAGGAUAAUCUUUUUCAUAAAGGUAAUCACUGUGUCCUCAUCAUGUAUGGAAAAAUAAAUUUCCCCUGGUAAUCGAUCCUGUUUUUUGUUUGUUUGUUUCUGAUUGAAUCAAAUAAAUGAAUCAGAACCUUU